CCAUCCCUUUGACACAUGGUAUUUGUUUAUAAUUAAAAGAUGUUAUAAUGUUGGCGCCAAUUAAGCAUUUAUUGGGAAAUUAUCGCAUUGUUUUGGCCAGCGGAUCCCCAAGAAGGCAGGAACUGGUCAAAAUGUUGGGCCUCAAUGCGGAACUAUGUCCUUCAACAUUUGAAGAGAAUUUAGACCUGGAGGACUUCAAGGAGUUCUCAGAUUACAUAGAGGCCACUGCACUGGGGAAAGCGGAAGAGGUUUUCUCGAGACUGAGUUCCUCGGGGGAUUAUAAAAACUUAAUUGUGAUAGCUGCAGAUACGAUGGUGACCUUGGGAAAGGAGAUCUAUGGAAAACCCAAGGACUCUGCGGAUGCAAUACGCAUGCUAACCAAUUUAUCUGGAACCUCUAAUCGGGUUUUUACCGGCGUUGUACUGAAACAUGCCCAUGGAAUUCGCAAAUUUACGGAUACAGCAGACGUAUACUUUGGUGACCUGCAGCCAGAUCAAAUUCAGAGCUAUGUGGAUUCCGGUGAUCCCCUAGAUAAAGCUGGAGCUUAUGGGGUUCAAGGUCCUGGAGGUGCUCUCAUUCACCGGAUUGACGGCGACUUUUACUGUGUGAUGGGACUACCGCUGCAUCGCCUGUGCUGUGAAUUGAACAAGCUGUUCCUGCAGGAUCUUUCGUGAUGUUUUUGAUUCAACGCCGCCAUCGCACCCAAUCUAUCUAGAGCUUAUGCUGCAACAAGCGUCAGAGGCUACACACGCUCUUGUGAUUUUAAUCUUGGCUGAUAAGCGGCUAUAUCUCCCCGACCCUCUGGGCUUAUUUGUUUUUGUUUUUUUAGCCCAAGUCAAUUAAAAAUAAAAAUCAUAUAACAGCGA